UUCUCUAGUUACCUCUUUUUGCCGGCGGCACCGUAGGCGGGCGGUAGAUAGGUAUAGGUGCAUAGGGCUCCAGCCGGUGGGAGUGGUUCCCGUCACGGAUGGCCGUGCCGGUUUCAUUUGGAAACAGCCAGGAAGAAAAGGACGAGUCGGAGGCAGUUCACGGCAGGCGGAAGGGAGAGAAUGGCAGACAACGACCCUCACAGCGCCCGGGAGCUUUCUCAGUUCGCAGAAAGCCUUCUACAACAGUUACAGGAAAAAUUUCAAGCACUGACUGAUAAGUUAGCUCUAAGAAUGGAUGAAAUGGGUGAAAGCAUAAAUGAUCUAGAGAAGCAUGUUACUGGAUUAAUGACACAAGCUGGAAUAGAAAAUGCCAAUGAAGAACUAACGGACUGAAGGUGAAAGCAUCAAGAUGGCUCAAAAACACGAAGACUGUAUGUAGGAGCUAAAAUUCUAUAGAAUGUAACACACUGGUCAGAUUGAAUAUUAUGUCAGUGAAUGUACAGUAAUACUUUGAUUUAUGAACGCCUCGGCUAAUGUCAUUUUCAGAGUACGAAUGGAAAUCCGUUGAAAACAAUGCCUCUGUUUGUUUUUUUCGUUCCUAUGGCAAUCCGCAUCCCGGUUUACGAAAUCUUCACUUUACGUAACGUCCUGUAUAACUCAUUAAUUUCGUAACCCAAGGUACUACUGUAGUAAAAAGACACUAUGCAGAAAUGCAAAAUCUCCUAUUCUGUAAUAAAGGAAAAGUUGACCUUAAGAUAGUUGUGCAUAAAAUUCAGUCAAAUUAAACUUUGAAACUUGGUUCAGUGUAGCACCAAGCUUCAUGAGGAGGACUCAUAAAAAAUAACAAAAACAUCUGUAUAGGCUUUGCCCACAGACAAAGUUUUCAAGCUUUUUUUUAAUCUUUGCAAGGCUUUAUCAUACAUGAAUGUUAUAAACUUUGUGUAAAGAGUGUCCGAAACGUUGCGAUUAAAAGAAUGUUCAGAACCUUAUAUUGACAUUUCCACACUGGCCAGGCAGUCUUCCCCGUAAUAAUUCUGCUUGAUCUAAACAACGGCAACUGCACCACAGUGGAGCAUUUCUUAACAUAAAUGCAGGAACAAACCAGUACUGUUUAUUAUGAUUCCCGUUACAUGAAUUUAGAAAACUGAAUGUUUAAAUGAUAUCAAAGAUGUAGACAGAAACUGAAAAUCUACAUAAGCUGAACUGAUCUGUAUUUUAUUAUGUAAAAUAUUUCUAUAUUUAUGUACCUACCUUUAUAUGAAUGACACUGAAAUAUAAGAACAUAGAACACUGUCUUUCAGUCUGGUUUGAAUAACUUAUUUUCAUAUGUAUCUUCCAAAUAUGAAGUGAGAAACAAGCAAACUAUUA